CCGCUCGGGGCGGGGCGGCGCAGGCGCGGGGCUGCGGCUCCUCCCCCGCUGCCUCCGCGCCGGCUCCGCUCGGUGUCCGGGGCCGCCCCGACCGCCGCCGCGCCGAGCCCGGGGCGCCCGGGUACCGGCACCGGCAGGAGAUUCAAUUUGAGGCGUGUGGAGGCUGUGACCGCUUACCUUAGCAUAUCCAAACCAGAAACCAGGGGCUGGUUCUCUCCAGGUUAACUCACCAUGGCAGACCAGAGGCAACGCUCACUCUCAACCUCUGGAGAAUCGUUGUACCACGUGCUAGGGCUGGACAAGAAUGCCACUUCAGAUGACAUCAAAAAGUCAUACAGGAAGCUUGCGUUGAAAUAUCAUCCAGAUAAAAACCCCGAUAACCCAGAGGCAGCAGAGAAGUUUAAAGAGAUCAAUAAUGCCCAUGCGAUAUUGACAGAUGCCACAAAGCGAAACAUUUAUGAUAAGUACGGUUCUCUGGGUCUGUACGUAGCCGAGCAGUUCGGUGAGGAAAACGUGAACACGUACUUUGUGCUGUCCAGCUGGUGGGCAAAGGCCUUGUUCGUCUUCUGUGGGCUCAUCACAGGCUGCUAUUGCUGUUGCUGUCUGUGCUGCUGCUGUAAUUGCUGCUGUGGGAAGUGUAAACCUAAACCUCCUGAAGGGGAAGAGCAGGAAUACUACGUCUCUCCAGAGGACUUGGAGGCACAGUUGCAGUCAGACGAAAGGGAGGCCUCAGACGCACCGAUUGUGAUACAGCCAGCAUCAGCCACAGAGACGACCCAGCUCACAGCUGACUCUCACCCCAGCUACCACACUGACGGAUUUAAUUAAGUUAAGAAAACACUGUAAUUAGAAUAAAUAAAAUAAUACAUGGCCAACUCAACACUCAUGAACAUUAGAAGUAGAGAAUGGGAAGGGGGAAUAAUUCUGCCACAGUAAGAGGGCAGCUUUCCAACCUGCCGAAAUAUUUUGUAAUCCCUUCAGCCUUUUGUCACCUUUCAGUGUCGUAUCUUGAUGAUACGUGAAGUGCUGUAGCAUGCAGUAUUUAAAGCAGUUUAGCUACGGUCUUAUUUGUUUCCUUUCUCUUUUUCUUUUCCCUCCUGUUUUGUUUUUUUUUUUUAUAGCAUGUAUGGAAUUCUGUUAAAUGUCUGUGGUGUAAUGUACUGAGUUGUCACGAUGUAAGUGUGAUGGAGACAUUCUGCAUUUUAAGCAGUGGUACUGGCCUAAAAAUGAGAUUAUAAAAGAAAAAGUUUCACAGAAGCCACCGUUCUUCCAUACAGCUGAGCUGUUGGAGACCUUUCAAAGUUCACAACUCUUAUUUGAGUGCAACAAACCAAUUCUUUCAUUCCUCGGUCUAUUCCUGCAUUGUUACCUAAGCACGUUUACAAAGCCGAGAACCAAAAAAUGCCAGUCCCGCAGAGCUGCAAUUCACUUUACUGCUGGUUUUCAGCUUAAAUAAAUCUACCUUGAAAAAUAAGAAGGGAGAGUUUCCAAUCUUUGAACAGAAAAUUGAUGAACGGCUCUUUACGUGCAAAGCGAUCCUCAAUGACCGUGUAACGGCAGAGCGUAGUUUGUCACAGGACCAGCCGUGAACGGGUGGAUUUGGUGGGAUUUGAACCCAGUUCUGGUUUGGUUUGAGUUCAGUCAUUUUCCCGAUGUGGUAAAGACCAAAUAGUGCAGCUUUUUGAAUGCAUGAGAAUAUCGAAGUGAAACUGGUUCGUUGGUUUUCACUGGGCAAGAGGGUAAAACACAGACAGUAGGCAGCGGCAUAGGUGUUCAGGGAGAAACCUAAUUGGUUUUAAAAAAAAAAUCAUUCUAAUAAUUUGAGGUUUUAGUAGACAAAUGGAGUAUUUUGUGUCUUUUUAUAAAGCUUUUGUAAUACUCUAGCUCUUUGAUUUUCUUAUGAACUUCUUUGUGGAGUGCUUACCUGGCUUUCGAAGAACAAGCCACCUUGCUCUGUGUUUCUGUUGUAUAAUUUGCACAUUGUCUUGCAUUUACCCUUGUUUACACCAGUGUUUCUCUUUUCCCCAGAACAACUAGACAUCAAGGUUUCCUGUGCUAUUUUGAAACCAAGUCAUGUUUGAGCACUGGUGGUUUAUCGCUGUUUAACUGUUACAGAAGCAUUUGGGGCAGCCGCUGAAUUGCUGCUAUAUUUUGUUAAUAAUCUCGCUUUAGAUGCUACAGAGUCAGAAUCUGGAACAGCUUCCAGGGAUCUUACACUUGGCACUUUUAGCGGUUGAUUGCAGCCUCUUUAAUUCUGAUCUUUAUGGUUUCCUAUCACAAUGCCUCUGCCGUCUUUUGUAACCCGCAUCGCCCCUUUUCAUUCCUCGCCCGGUUCUGCUGAGGCUAUUUCCAGCCUUCCGCCCGGCGUUUGCUUUGAAGGGCUGUCGUGCUGGUCUCUCACAAGAUCCAGGUGGAAUGGAGUAAAGAAAAACAGCGGAAAAUGAAGGAGAUUCUCCUGAAUGCGUUUUCACGUUUUCUUUGCAUGAGCUGAAAACCACGGAGCACAAAAUCUGACGUGAAAGCUUGUUAAAUGUACUGGUUUGGAGAAAAUGUUCUUAAAGCGGUCUUAAUGCUGAGUGAGGGAUAUUUGCAAAACCAGAGCUCCCUGUCGCUGUUGGUACAAGCACGAGUUUCUUGCCUGUCUGUGAGCUUGUUGCAGGUCUUGGUUGUGAUGCCAGCCCAGGUCCCAGGAAUUCAAAAGGAACUGUUACUUUGGAUUAACUGGCUGGAUUUCAGUGGCGCUUGCUGCUGUGUGAUGAAGUUGUCC